UUUAUAUUUGCAGUAUUAUGCGGAAUCUCAUGCUGUGAUUUACAUCGUCGACUCAUCUGAUCGUGAUAGAAUACCAGAUUCCAAAGAAACUUUUGAUAAGGUGAUAUCAUCUGAGCAUUUAAUUGGCGUACCAUUAUUGGUACUGGCAAAUAAGCAGGAUGUACCUGAUUGUAUGGGUGUCAGAGAAGUGAAACCAAUAUUCAAUCAAAAUGCUCACUUAAUUGGUAGAAGAGAUUGCAUGGUGAUGCCUGUAUCGGCUCUUAAUGGGGAUGGAGUAGACGAAGGCAUACAUUGGUUGGUGGAUUGCGUCAAAAGAAACAGUGAUAUACGGCCGCCUCGUAAUCAAGACGACAAUUCCUUAUCUUAGCUGUGACACAUCUCUAUUCUUUGGUAAUUUAUAUUAAUAUAUAAAUAUUUAUAAUA